GAAAGUCCGUCAACGCGCGCUCAUCUAGUUCUCCCUGAUCUAGAUCUGCACAAGCACCACCUCUUAUACCAUUUCUUUUCUACAUAGGCUUGUGCUUCCCUGAGUGUGCUGUGUGAGUUGGGAGCAACCAUGGCUGAGUAUGCAGUUGGGCCGCUGAUCUCCAUGCUGAAGGAUAAGGUGUCCAGCUACCUUCUGCAGCGCUACAAGGUCAUGGAUGGCAUGGAGGAGCAGCGUGAGAUCCUUGAGCGCAAGCUUCCGGCCAUCUUGAACAUCAUUGAAGAUGUGGAGGAGGAAGUAGCUUACCGUUCUGGGGUAAGCGCUUGGCUCAAAGCGCUCAAGAAGGUGGCCUGCAAGGCGAACGAUGUCUUCGACGAGUUCAAGUACGAGGCUCUCCGGCGUGGCGCCAAGGAGAAGGGACACUACAAGAAGCUUGGCUUUGAUAUUGUAAGCCUCUUCCCUGCUCACAACCCCAUUGUGUUUCGUUACAGGAUGGGCAAGAAGUUGUGCAGGAUUGUACGCAUCAUCGAGGUCCUUGUCGAAGAGAUGAAUACCCUUGGAUUCAAACACCUGCAGCCAGCACCACCAUCCAAGCAGUGGCGUAUCACAGAUUCUGUAAUAAUUGACUCCGAGGAGGAUAUUGUUAGUAGGUCUAGAGACGAAGAGAAGAAGAAGAUUGUGAGUAUAUUAAUUGGUCAAGCUAGCGAUGGGAGCGAUCUCAUUGUCCUUCCCAUUGUUGGAAUGGGUGGGCUGGGCAAGACCACCUUCGCUCAGCUUGUCUACAAUGACCCUGCAAUCAAGGAGUAUUUUCAGCUCCGAAGAUGGUGUUGUGUGUCAGAUGAUUUUGAGGUUGUUAAGAUUGCAAACAGCAUCUGUGAGACCAAUGAGAAUGAUCGUGACAAGGCAUUGCAGAACCUUCAGAAUGAAGUAAGUGGGAAGAGAUACUUUAUUGUGUUGGAUGAUGUAUGGAAUGAAGAUGCUGACAAGUGGAAAAAAUUGAGGACCUGUCUGAAGCAUGGUUGCAAGGGUAGUGCAGUACUGAUGACCACUCGUAAAGAGAAAGUAGCUGAAAUUAUGAAGAUGUGUAUUGAUGAUAGUCAUGAUCUUGGAAAGCUACCUAAAGUAUUUCUGAAGGAAAUAUUUGAGAGUAGAGCAUUCUUUUCGCAAAAGCCAAACGCUGCUGAGCUAGGUGACACAGUUGAAAAGAUUCUGGACAGAUGUGGGGGCUCUCCUUUAGCUGCCAAAGCCUUUGGAUCUAUGCUGAGUACCAAGACUAGCAUGAAAGAAUGGAUGAACAUACUAACCAGAAGCAAUAGCUGCGAUGCGAAGAAAGAAGUUUUACCUAUACUCAAGCUCAGCUAUGAGGACUUGCCAUCACACUUGAAACAGUGCUUUGCUUUUUGUGCAGUCUUUCCAAAAGAUUAUGAGAUUGAUUUGGAAAUUUUAAUCCAGCUAUGGAUGGCACAUGAUUUCAUACCACUUAAAGAAGGCGACAAUCUUGAAAAGGUUGGCAGAGAAAUUUUUAACGAGCUAACUUGGAGGUCAUUUUUUCAAGAUGUCAAGCGAUCCCAUCCUAAGGAAAAACAGAGUGAGCUCCGUUCUAGAACAGUAUGCAAAAUACAUGAUCUUAUGCAUGAUAUUGCCUUGUCUGUUAUGGGAAAAUCUUGUCUUACUAUAGUUGAUAGGCCUGAUCAAAAGGAGCUAUUGUCAGCUGGCGCUACUCACCACCUGUUCUCAUCAUAUCAUUUCACUGGAACUCAUUCGCAUGAUUAUCUAAAGAAACAGUCUCCAGCUCUCCGGACAAUAUUGUAUACAAAUGAUAAAGCUUUUGGUCCAGCCCCAUACUUGUCAAAGCACAGUCAUCUGCGGGCACUGCAACUCUUUAAAUUGAGAAAACUUCCACUCCGACCAAAGCACUUGCAGCACUUGAGGUAUCUUGAUCUCUCAAAUAAUGAGUUUAUCAAAGAGCUUCCCAAGGAAAUAAGCAUAAUGUAUAAUCUACAAACUCUUAAACUUUCCAAUUGCGAGAAACUUGGUCAACUUCCAAAGGAUAUGAAGUAUAUGACAAAUCUCCGCCACCUCUAUACUAAUGGAUGCACAUCAUUGAAGUGCAUGCCUCCAGACCUCUGGCAACUCACUUCUCUACAGACUCUAACAUAUUUUGUGGCGAGUUCUAGUCCUGGUUGCUGUACUAUCAGUGAACUACGGGACUUAAAUCUUGGUGGUGAAUUAGAGCUAUCUUGUCUUGAAUAUGUAACUGAAGAACAUGCUAAAGAAUCCAGUCUUGGAAAUAAGGAGAAACUCACACACUUAUCUCUUGUAUGGGGUGAUGAUUGCAUUGACGAACUGGAUCAGCAUAGGAAUGUGCUUGAUGCUCUUAAACCUCAUGCUGCGCUAGAGUUUCUAGGAAUAUGUUCCUACGGAGGUACUACUUUCCCGACAUGGGUGAAAAGUCUUAUUUUUCUGCAGCAUUUGACCGGGCUCCACCUAGAUGGUUGUACAAUGUGCAAGGAGUUUCCACAAUUCGAUCAAUUUAAGGCCCUUGAAGUUCUCGUUUUGAAAAGGCUGAACAAAUUGCAAAGCCUAUGCAGUAACAGUUCAUCUGCAGCAUUUCCAGCACUAAAGGAUCUCAGAUUAGCAAAUUUGGAAUUGUUUGAGAGAUGGGUGGCAACAGAAGGAGAAAAACUAAAAUUUCCUCUUCUUGAGAAUCUUCGAAUUGAGAACUGCCCAAAGCUGACAACUCUGCCUGAAGCACCAAAAGUCAAAGUUGUACGGCUAGAAGAAGACAAGGCUCAACUAUCCUUAUCAAUAUUAGUAUCCAGGUACAUGUCUUGCUUGUCCGAGUUAUUUGUGAUUGUCCGUGAUACAGAAGCAGCACCAACACCGAAGCUUGAUCGAGAUCCUGAAGUAUCUCUUUCAGAAUUGGCAUUGACUGGUUGCAGCUUUUUGUUCCCAUCAAGUCCAUUGCAGCAUGCAGUUGGGGUGUGGAAAUGGUUUGGUCAGCUUGUGAAGUUGCAUAUAAAUUUUUGUGAUACACUCGUCUACUGGCCUGAAGAAGAGUUCCAGAGCUUGGUAUUACUCAAGAUUCUGCUCAUUGAAAAGUGUAGCAAGCUAAUAGGCCCCACCCAGGUGAAAGGUUGCCGUACUCGAGAAAGAGCUCAAUUCCUGCCAAAUUUAACAAUACUAGCCAUAAGAAAUUGUGGAAACUUAACAGAGCUUUUCGUGCUCCCACCAUCUCUCAGGACUCUGAACAUUGAUAAGUGUGUUAGUCUUGAGUUUAUAGUGGGGCAGGAUAAUGAGUUAGAGAGUCCACAACACUUCAAUACAGCAGCAUCAUUGGAACACUGCAAUGACCUUGCAUCUGAAAGUAUUCCAGAGCCACCAGCUUCACCCAGAAUUAAUCCAUUGCCAUGUCUGGUGUAUUUAAGAUUAUGCAACUGUAACAAGAUUCAUUCUAUGCCAGUGCAGUUGGAUACACUCAAGUGUCUGAAUAUUAAGAAUUGCAGCGGGCUGGAGUCACUGGAUUGUUUGGGCGACCUACCUUUACUGGAGACAUUAUUCCUUCUGAGAUGCAAAAAACUGGCAUCUGUACCAGGUAGUACUGGGAACUACUCAGCCCUUGAGAGGAUCAUAAUUGAAUACUGCCCAGCUGUAAAUAUAAAACCACUUUAUGCACACCUCCAACGACGGCGAGAUAGCCUUGAACACGAGGAUAUAUCUCGUGCGGGUUUAAGCAAUCCUGAUGAAGGGCCUAAACUAUGGGAACCAAAAUCUUGGAAAUAUGUUAUUCCUGGACUGCGGCGAGAGUACUGAAUAGAGAUAAGCCUAAUAUG